CUUAUAUAUACACACACGAGGGCAAGUGGUUGGCUCUUGCUCACUUCUUGCUGGUGCGUGCCAUUGACAGACAGAUCGUUCCACACCGAUGCCAAUGGCGCGCGAGUCAUGGCUGGCCAAGGUCCGGUCGGCCAUUUCGUCAAAGCCGUCGUCGUCGGGAGCACCGCCGGCGGGCGCCGGCGGCAAGAAGGGCAACGUCGGCAUCCUCGCCUUCGAGGUGGCCAGCCUCGUGUCCAGGCUGCUCCACGUGUGGCGCGCCGUCGGCGACUCGGCCGUGGCGCGGCUCCGGCAAGAGGUCAUCCACCUUGACGGCGUCCGCAAGGUCGUCUCCGACGACGACGCCUUCCUGCUCGGCCUCGCGCGCGCCGAGCUCGUCGACGCGCUGCGGGGCGCCGCCGACGCCGUCGCCGCGCUGGCGGAGCGGUGCGUCGACCCCUGUUUGCGUGAGUUCAGGGACGCGCUGCUGGAGUUCGCCGACACCGGCCGCGACCGGCACCGCUGGGCCGCGCCCACGUGGAAGGAGAUGGACGCGCGCGCGAGGAAGCUGGAGAAGCAGGUGGCCACCACCGCCGCGCUCCGCAGGGCCAUGGAGGAGCUGGCCGAGGCCGAGCACGGCCUCCGGAAGUUCCUCCGGGCCGACGUUGCUGCAAGCGGCGGAGGAGGGUGCCACCGCCGCAGCAUGUCGGCGAGCAAGAUCUCGGUGGCGUCGGAGCAGCAGCAGCUCAUCUUCUCCAAGAAGCAGGACGUGAAGAACCUCAAGCAGACGUCUCUCUGGGGGUGCACCUUCGACGCCGUCGUCUCCUCGCUGGCGCGCGCGGCGUUCACCAUCCUCGCGCGCAUCAAGCUCGUGUUCGGCGCCGGCGGCCAGGACCAGAGGCACGCGCCGCUGUACCGGAGCCUGACGCUCUCCUCCGCCGUUCACCCGUCCGCCGACGCGCAGUCCCCGCCGCCGCCGUCGCGAAAGUCCAUGUCGAUGGAGGCCGUGCCGUUCGACGUGGCCGCUAUCGUCCAGAGCGCGAAGGGCGGCAGACGGCGCGGCUUCUUCGAGUACAGCUCGGCGACGCUCGUGCCUCCGUCGGGGACGCUGGGCGCGGCGGCCCUGGCGCCGCGGUACGCUGGGCUGGUGAUCUCGAUCGAGCGGAUGGCGCGGUCGCCGCAGCGGCUGGUGGGGCCGGACGAGCGGGACGAGCUGUACGGCAUGCUGACGGCGAGCGUGCGCGCGCAGCUCCGGGCGCGGCUGCGCGGUGCGGUGGCCGAGGCGGACGCGGGGCUCGCCGGCGAGUGGCGGGCCGCGCUAGGCGGCAUACUAGAGUGGCUGGCGCCCAUGGCGCACGCCACGGUGCGGUGGCAGGCGGAGCGCAGCUUCGAGCAGAGGAAGACGACGUCGACGACGGACAUAACCCGGAUGCCCCCUCGGGGCGGCGGCGGCGGCGGCGGCAACACGUUCCUGCUGCAGACGCUGCAGUUCGCGGACCGGGACAAGGUGGAGGCGGCCGUGGCGGAGCUGCUCGUCGGACUGAACUACGUGUGGCGGUUCGAGAAGGAGAUGAGCUGCCGGGCGCUCUUCGCCGUGCACCGCGAGUUCGUGGAGCGAGGCGGCCGCCCCAGCGACUUCGACGGCGCCGACAGCUGCCGAGGAGGAGGACGAGGCCACCACGCCGUCGACGGCGGCGGCAAUGGAACAGUAAGCUCGUGCGCCUAGGCCGUCCGAUCGGAAACCAACGGAUGGGAUCCGUGUGUUGAAUCGUUUCUCUUAUUUCGUCCACCCACCCCUCCCCCUAGUUAGAGGAUUUUUGUGGUAAUUGGGGCCGGAUGGGAUCUCUUCUUCACCUUCAUCUUGGUGUGAGUGAUUAAUUAGCAUGUAAUGAUGGUACAUAGAAAUCAAUAUUAAUUCUCAUA